AUGCUUUGUGGAAUUAUCUCAUUGAUUUUGCUAAUUGAAUCUUCUUAUCAAUGGUGUUGUAUGUUAUUGCUCUAUUGUAGAAACUAUCUAGUAGAAUGUUACAUAUUAUGCCACAAAAGGCGAGCAGAUUAGGUGGAGAGUGGACUCAUUAAUCGCAGGCAAUGGACUUGAUUUCAGUUUGAUACCAAACUCAACCAUUAUGAGAUAUCACCCAGCCUUCGAUUAAAUAUCGGAUGAAAAAACUCAUUUUGGAAGUACGAUCCAUUCAUCAACAUCAUAGCUCUAAUUUAGACAGGUGCCAUAAGAGCCUACGACAUAGCAAGUUCUGGAGCUUGGACAAACUCAUUCGCAUUUUUGGAAUUGGACGACAAGAAAAACAUAUACGACAUAUAUUAUGUUGAAGGGUAACAUAUGAGAUUAUAAUCUAUGUAGAAAUGCCUUGUAAAUGGACAAGACUCCCUCGUUUGAAAAAAAGAUUACAUUGACCGAGAGCAAUGCAGUUAUAGAUUGUUUUGAUCUUGAAUACAUCAAUCGUGACUUAUUCAUAGUCGAUUGUGCUGAAAGGAAUUCUGCUACUCCAACACAACCGAUGAAAAAUUAUCUAUAUGUGGUGGACAAAUUAGACUCACCUAUUACUGCUAGCGGUAAAAGAGUCGAAGUCUCCAAUCACAAAUAAUACAAAUAAGUGAAAGGAAGGAAAAUAUAAUACCAUGUUUAUUAUAAAAAAGGAACUGGGGAAGAAUUCGGAGUCGAUCGUCCACAACCUCCCAGUCCCAUCAGAAUGUUGCUAAGAGGAUAACAGGCCUUCAAUUCUGAAACAGGUAAUGCCACAGUGUUAGAUCACGAUUGCUUUAUUGAUAUAGUAAUUAGAUUUGAUAAUGAAACCUUUCAAGAGGCUGGCAUCUUAGACAAAACAAAGAUUAGUGCAGACACUAAACAGACUGUCAACUUCACUUUAAUCGACUUCAAAGUGCAACCCAAUGGUGAUGUCUACAUUUUGGAUGCUGAUCAAGGAAUAUAUGUAUAUAAAGUGACAGAGGAUGGACAAUGGGUUUAUGCUAAAACAAUCUAGACUCUUAAUUAAAAGGCUUAUGCCUUUGAUGUUGUUGACUUGUUGAAUGACGAUGGCUAUUCAGAAUUGGCCUUAGUUGUUUUGUAUGAAUCCAAUCUGUUAGUCACUGUGGCAUCAGUGUAAAGGAAUGGAUACAAUUUGCCAUUCAAAGCAUCCUUGCCAGUUUCAGUUUCAUUCAGUGAUAAGUAUGUGGUUGUGGUGCAUUAAUAAACGUUAUACCUGUAUAAUAUGAUGUUCCCAUUUUUACUUCACUAAGAAAUCUUGAUAUCCUCAACACUGUUGGUUAAUCCUUUUGCUCCUGAUGUCAUUGUAGUUUCACCAACCUUAACUAGAAGGUAUGAAUUGAGUGAUGGAUAUUUGGCAUCAGAGAAUUCGGUACAAAUAGAAAAAUCAACAUUGACCCUGUAUGGAACUGAUGGUAAUAAAAUCUGCAGUAGUAAAAUUAAUUACUAAGUCUUGGCUCCUGAUGAUGCCAAUAUUUAUGAUUUGGGUCACGAUCCUUUCCCUAGUAUGAUCACAUAUCCAGCUGAGCCAUUCUUACUAUAAGAUCUAGCAUCUGGACCAAAUCUUUAAUACGUCACUCCAGAUUUUAGUCAGGACCACGUUGAAGUCCAAGUGCAUUUUCUAUGGGAAAUAGAACUCAGGAAUGUCAGUUUGUUUGAUGCCAAAGAUGUUGCCUAUGCAGAUCUCUUAGUCGACCCUCAUCAUCAUAACAAUAAUAAGUUUUAUCUAUUUCUAUAGCAUAAAAAUAAGACUGUCAUUAUUUGGGAUUGUUAAUCCUAUAGUUACAAAGAUAAUCAUACUAACUGUGAGAAGUAGGAUCAAUUUGAUUUACCUGUUUAAUUAAGUAGAACCAACUCCUAAUUUGAUUGGAAGACAUUUGAAUAAGAAGUAGUAACUUUCUAAUUCUAAGUCAGCGAUUAUGAAAUUGUAUUUUAUAGUAAUUUUGAUGGCGAUCAUUAGAAAAUAGGUAAUAUUACUUACGAGGCUUCACCAGAAUAUAAAAUUACCUCGUUUACAGCAUUAAAGUAAACCAUUUAUGUUGUUUAACAUGCUUAAAAAGAAGUUGAUAUCAUAUUUUCAGUGUAUCCAACUCUAGUUAAAUAUCCAAUUUAUUCGAAUCUGAUUGAUGAAUAUUAAACAGGGUGUUCUUGGACUCCAAAAAGAGUAUAUGGAAAUUCAUAUACCAAAAGUGACUUCAUAUUUGUUUUGACUGAUGAUUGUGUGAUUAUUGGUGAAUUAAGAACUCAUUUCGUGUUAUUAAAGGCUAUUGCUAUUGAACCUGAUGCUGAAAUUGAAGUUGCAGUGGGUGAAAAGACAUUCUAUAUCAUUUCCAAGGGGAAAAAGGACAUCAUCGAAGAAUUCAACUAUGAAAACUUAAAUGAUAUUUACCCAAUGAAGGCUAUGCCAUUGUAUGGAAGAUACUCUUUGUAAUCUCCACUCACCAUAGAUUUCGUUUUCGAAACAGGAUUCUUAUUUGUGAGAGCCUAUGAUUCUGUUGAGAAGGAGACUGUCAUUUUAAUCUACGAAUCCAAUAUCUUGUAUAGAAAUUCAUUACAUAAGGUAUUAAAAACACAUGAAUUGAUACCUGAUAAAUAAGUAUUAGAAACUGCUGCUUCUGGCUAAGAUUAGAUGUUUGUUUAUUUUAAUGAUUUGAAAACCUAAAGAGUCAUGGUAUUCCUAAGGGAUUCAUUGAUGGAAUUGGUACCCAACCAUCUAAGUGAUGCUUACACAACAUCAAUGAAAGCAGCUGUCGGUAUAUCUAAUACCUUGUCAGAUUCAAAAACGAGUGUAAUAUAUCCAGUUAAAUUUAUUAACACUCAAUCUAUGGUCAGAGUUAACGUUAGUCUUUUGGCCAAAACAGUUUUCCAUUUCAAUUCCACCGAGAAUGCUCAAUAUUUAAAUUUCACUAAUGAUGGAUUGUAUUUUGGUCACGUUACUAAAUUCUAGAUUACUUGCAAAUAAUGUGAUGGUAAACUUAUCAGCAUCAUUAAUCCCCUAACUGCAAGUAGCGAAGGAACCUAAUUUGCUAAUUAUGAAAUUAUUGCUGGUGCUGCAUUCAAGGACUCAGUCGUGUAUUUGGCAGAUCCUAAAUCAUUGAUAUUUUAAAAUAGUGAUGAUGACACUGUUAAAUUUGUCCAUAAGAUAGAACCUGGCACUCAUUGCACUCAAUUAACAACUUACAACGACUAUGUAUUAGUGACUUGUAUCAACAAUGCAGAUACUCUAUUAUACAUUGUUAGUUGUGACAUUGAAAAAGCAACAUGCUCAACUAUCCAAUCAGACAAUCCCAAUAUUGGAACGUUCGGUCUAGUAUCUAAAGUUUUGUAUGUUAAUUCUUACCUUUAUAUUUUGGAUGCUGAUCAGGAUCAUCCAAUUUCUAAAAAAGGAGUUCUACACGUUUAUUCAUUGACUGUAGAUUCAAAGUGGAGUGUUAAGAAUGAAAAAGUACUUGAUGAGAAAUACUUCGAACUGUCAAAUGUUAAUGACUUCUAUAUCACUGAUUUUGAUGUCGUAUAAUUCUAAUAGGGAAAUACCUUUUAUUAGAAAAUUAUGAUUUAAACUGUAUUUGGGUAGAUCUUCUUUGUUUAAAUGUACAAUGAUGGUGGUUUAAUAAAAGACAACCAUAAGCAAAAUUAUAAUCUAGCUUCAUUUUUGAACAAAGACUACGCUGUCAAAGAAAACACCUUCUUCUAUUAAAUAAGAGCAUACAAAAGUACUACAAAUUCAAAUACCUUCGAUGCAACUGUUAUUGCAACUACUAACAAUGUUGCUCAAUAUGCCAUAACAUUUUCAUUUGAUAUCAGUGAUCCUCUUAAUAAGGGUUCACCUUUAAAGGAUACCAGCGUUCCAUUUUUAUUGAAUCAUUAUGGAACUAUGAAGACCUUGAAUAAGUUUGCCAUUGGAUAAGGACAUGCUGCUGUUCCUUAUUAUAAUUCAUCUCAUCUAAUGAUUAGCAUGUAUUAAUUGCCAGCCACAACAGCCUUAGGUGCUGAUUCAACAGCUAAGAUGUUAACAAUCUCUGGAGCAGAAAUUGUUAAGCACAUUGCUUCCAACUCUUAAUUCGCUCUUGUUAUCUAAAAACCUACAAAUUAAACUGAGGUAUUUAAUAUGUAUAAUAUAAAAGCCCUCAAUUUAUACAAACAUAGAAUAAGAUGGCAAAACCUAUAAUUAUGUAGUCAAGAAAUACACUAUUCAUGAUGUUCCUAAAAUUAAAAUAGUGUCUGGAGACAAAGUACAAACUUAGAUAAUAGAAUUGUAAAUUGAAAAUGAUUACAGUUCUGCACUAGGAGCCUUUGAAAUUAUUAAUAAUAAUAAUCCUCCUCCUCCUCCUGACGAUGGUGAUGGUGGAAGGUAUUCUUUUAUUUAUUAUACUUUAGUUCCCUCGUUUGGCUUUGGAUCUUACUAGGAAUUUUAGGCGGACUUGCUUUAUUGGGUGGAGCCUUUUUUGUUUAUAAUAAGUUCUUUAAAAAGACUCCAUAAGUGGCAUCAAGUGCAAAGGUAUCGUUAAUGAACUAAUGA